AUGCCCACUUCCGAUCUUCGCCUCCAUCCACGAGGUUACAAAACACACAAAUGGCCCGAUCUUGACGCUACUUACCUCAUCGUAAAACCCAAGUUUUCUCUACGCUUCCGCCACGCUGACGAGCUCCGGAUAGAAAGUGCAAUGUCAGACAGUUAUCGUUUCGGCGACUAUAACAAUGGUUCCCAGGUGGGGACUAACAGGGGGACGAUCUACAAUACUUUCCCGCAGACGCCAGAAAGAUCAGAAACCCCACCGCGGCCAUUCGCGACCAUCCCCUUCUCCCGCGAUCCCGAUUUUGUCAACCGCGGAGACAUUCUCGAGCAAAUCGACCGGCGAUGUUCCGAGCCCGCCGCUCGUGUGGCCCUCGUAGGCUUGGGCGGUAUCGGCAAGUCGCAGCUGGCCAUCGAGUUCGCUCACCGGAUCACUGAAAAGCAGCCGGACAUAUGGGUAUUCUGGGUCCACGCUGGAGUGUAUGAGCGCGUCGAGGAUGGCUUCAGGACGAUUGCCAAUACCGUCAAGCUGGCCGGCCGGAACGAGCCCAAGGCCAACAUCCCACAGCUUGUGUACAGCUGGCUGUCCAACGAACGGAACGGCAGAUGGAUCAUGAUCCUUGACAGCGCUGACGACCGCGAUGUGUUCGACAACGCGAAUAUUGCCCACGGCACGACCAGCGGCAAUGAGCGCGAGAGGCGGCCGUUUGCGACAUACCUACCGCAGAGCCAAAAUGGAUCGAUUAUUGUCACAACACGGGAGUUAGCAUUCAGACUGACCGGGCGCCGUCAAAAUAUGAUCGAAAUCGGACCGAUGGCGCAGACAGAUGCCCUCGCACUCCUGGAGAAGAAGCUAGGAUCGCCCGCGGAUCUAGAUGUGGCGGCCGAUCUCGUACAGGCGCUCGACCUCGUUCCGUUGGCCAUUAGCCAGGCUGCCGCCUACAUACAGGCAAGGGCGCCGCGGAGCUCGCCCGAGAAGUACCUAGCUGAGUUCCGGAAGAGUGAGCAUAGAAAGAGCAGUCUUUACAGUACGAUGCUGGGGACCUACGACGGGAUGGAGGCGCAUCGAACGCGGUUCUUACCACAUGGCAAAUAUCUUUUGACUACAUCCGCGGCCGUCUGCGGCGGAUCUCUUGUCACUUAUGAGCUUUUUCGACCGGCAAGGUAUCCCUGGUUGGGUUUAAAACCUCGUAGAGUUACUAAGGAGGAUAUUCCAGGACGGCGUAUAGACGAGGACGGAGAUACAGACUUUGAUAGCGGCAGAAGUGCUACAGAUGGUGCCGUAGAUGAUGACAUGGAUGGUGACACAGAUAGUGACCUCACGGAUGAUAGUGCAGAUACCACUGAUGAUGGAUUCGAAGAUGAUGUGGCGAUGCUGAGAGACUACUGCCUCAUAGCGACGACUGAGAUGGACGAGUUUGAGAUGCACGGGCUUGUGCAGUUCUCAACGAGGAAGUGGCUGGAACAAUGGGGGCAGCAGGAGACAUUCAAACAGAAGUUUAUCGAGCGAAUGGCAGCGUCAUUCCCAACUGGAAACUACAAGAACUGGGCGACUUGUCGAAAUCUCUUCGCACACGUUCAAGUGGCCGUCGCUUACCAACCCAGCGACGAUAGGAACGACCUAUGGGCGACACUUUUGUAUAAUGGGGGUUGGUUUGCAUGGUCGCAAGGGAGAUACGAGGUGGCACAGCGGAUGGUGGGCAAAGCGAGACGAGCCCGCGAGAAUAGACUGGGAAAAGAGGAUACGGCGAGUCUACAUAGUAUGUCACUGUUUGCUCUGGUCCUUUUGGACCGAGGCCAGUGGGAGGAGGCCGAGAAGCUGGAGGUGCAGGUGAUGGAGACGAGCAAGACCAAGCUUGGGGCCGAUCACCCUUCUACGCUAAUGAGCAUGGCCAACUUAGCGUCGACAUACAGGAACCAGGGCCGGUGGGAGGAGGCCGAGAAGCUGGACGUGCAGGUGAUGGAGACGAGCAAGACCAAGCUUGGGGCCGAUCACCCUUCUACGCUAAUGAGCAUGGCCAACUUAGCGUCGACAUAUUGGUACCAGGGCCGGUGGGAGGAGGCCGAGAAGCUGGAGGUGCAGGUGAUGGAGACUCGCAAGACCAAGCUUGGGGCCGAUCAUCCAGAUACGCUGACGAGCAUGGCCAACCUAGCGUCGACAUUUUGGAAGCAGGGCCGGUGGGAGGAGGCCGAGAACCUGUUUUUGCAGGUGAUGGAGACGAGCAAGACCAAGCUUGGGGCCGAUCACCCAGAUACGCUGACGAGCAUGGCCAACCUAGCAUCGACAUACAGGAACCAGGGCCGGUGGGAGGAGGCCGAGAAGCUGGACGUGCAGGUGAUGGAGACUCGCAAGACCAAGCUUGGGGCCGAUCACCCAGAUACGCUGACGAGCAUGGCCAACCUCGCUUUUACUUGGAAAAGCCAAGGUCGACACUCGACCGCCUUAGCACUAAUGAAGGACUGUGCCCAGGCUCGGCAGCGACGACUUGGUGCAGAGCAUCCAGACACCCUGUCGUCUUUGGCCAUCGUCACCAAGUGGGGUAGCUAG